AUGAAACGAGUAUCACAUUUAAGAGUUGGCGGCAAACCUAUCCGCAGUGCCGAAGGAGUAGUCUUAUAUCUCAUUAAAUACCUCGCUAAAUCUUUUCAAAUGCGGGAGAAUAAAGUAUUAAGCCAAAAAGUCGGCCUAUUACCUGGAAUGGGAAUUUAUAAAAUUUUCCGGGUUAUCUAUGGUUAUGAGAACGGACAAGCCUUUAUUCAGCAAAAAAGAAAAAAACCCCUCACUUCCUCCCAAGUCUUUAUCAAUAAUGAAUAUGGUUUUCAGCAAGAAGCAGAGCAAGAAUUUAGCCCUUAUUUUGACGAGAAAGAGCAUUUAAAAAAAGAUGCUCGGAAAAUCUUACAAAAAAGGGAGCCACAACCAACCAAUAAUGCAAAAUCAAGCAAAACCAAUUCUGAAAGCCGUGUGAUACUAGCGAAGAAAGCACCUGAAAAAAAGGCCAAGGCUGAAAAAUCCAAUAAACAUAUUUUACCUAAUUUAUCCCGGAUAAAAUUACCGGCUUUUACUAAAUUCCAAGAUUACCAAGUCCAAGAUUUAGAUUUCAUUAAGAUAAAUGAAUAUGAACCUUUGGAGGAAAUUGGAGAAAGUGCUGACAGUCAAGCCUGGCGCGAUAGUGUUCCCACUGAAUUAAUUUACAAUCAUAUUUAUUUAAAAGAGAUUAGGUCGCAAAUUAGCGGUGGCUAUUCCUGGGCUGGUUUGUCUACGGAUGAUGCCAUUAAGAGAUAUGCGGAUUAUUAA